CGCCCGGCUCUCUCCAGCCGCCCGACACACUGCGGGAGGAGCCGCCGGCCGCCGUGACGCGUCAGGGAGGAAACGGCGGCGCCCGGCGGCCCUGCGGGGAAGGAGGAAGCGCGCGAGUGCGCUCGCCUCCGCCCCGCCGCACUAGGAGGCAGCACCGCGCGGACCAGGAUGUUAAUCCAACUUUUCAUCCCUGGGAUAAAUCACAUUUGGUCAAGGUUGCAUGAUGGAAUUUGAAUAUUACCUCAAGAGGUUUUAUGCUUUGGAUUAGCUAACAGUGUUUGUCCUCUGCUGACUAUUUCUCGGACUCAUUUUUUGGUGUCCAUUUGAGGCAAUAAACCCAAAGGGAUUAUACCAUGGACUACAAGGAAAGCUGCCCCAGUGUAAGCAUUCCCAGCUCAGAUGAACACAGAGAGAAAAAGAAGAGGUUUACUGUUUAUAAAGUUUUGGUCUCAGUGGGCAGGAGUGAGUGGUUUGUCUUCAGGAGAUAUGCAGAGUUUGAUAAACUUUACAAUACUUUAAAGAAACAAUUUCCUGCUAUGGCCCUGAAGAUUCCUGCCAAGAGAAUAUUUGGUGAUAACUUUGACCCAGAUUUUAUUAAACAAAGAAGAGCAGGACUGAAUGAAUUCAUUCAGAACUUAGUUAGAUAUCCAGAACUUUACAACCAUCCAGAUGUCAGAGCAUUCCUUCAAAUGGACAGCCCAAAACAUCAGUCAGAUCCAUCCGAAGAUGAGGAUGAAAGAAGCACUCAGAAGCUACACUCUACCUCACAGAACAUCAACCUGGGACCAUCUGGAAAUCCUCAUGCUAAACCAACAGACUUUGAUUUUUUAAAAGUUAUUGGAAAAGGCAGCUUUGGCAAGGUUCUUCUUGCAAAACGGAAACUGGAUGGAAAAUUUUAUGCUGUCAAAGUGUUACAGAAAAAAAUAGUUCUCAACAGAAAAGAGCAAAAACAUAUCAUGGCUGAACGUAAUGUGCUUUUGAAAAAUGUGAAACAUCCAUUUUUGGUUGGAUUACAUUAUUCUUUCCAAACAACUGAAAAGCUUUAUUUUGUUCUGGAUUUUGUUAAUGGAGGGGAGGUAGAGUAUAAAGAACUAUUUUUCCACUUACAGAGAGAACGGUCCUUUCCCGAACACAGAGCUAGGUUUUAUGCUGCUGAAAUUGCCAGUGCAUUGGGUUACUUGCACUCCAUCAAAAUAGUGUACAGGGACUUGAAACCAGAAAAUAUUCUUCUGGAUUCAGUAGGACAUGUUGUCUUAACAGAUUUUGGGCUUUGUAAAGAAGGAAUUGCUAUUUCUGACACGACAACAACAUUUUGUGGGACACCAGAGUACCUUGCUCCUGAAGUAAUCAGAAAACAGCCCUAUGACAACACUGUAGAUUGGUGGUGCCUUGGUGCUGUUCUCUAUGAAAUGCUGUAUGGAUUGCCUCCUUUUUAUUGCCGAGAUGUAGCUGAAAUGUAUGACAAUAUUCUUCAUAAGCCCCUAAGUUUGAGGCCAGGAGUGAGCCUCACAGCCUGGUCCAUUCUGGAAGAACUCCUAGAGAAAGACAGGCAAAAUCGACUCGGUGCCAAAGAAGACUUUCUUGAAAUUCAGAAUCAUCCUUUUUUUGAAUCACUCAGCUGGACUGAUCUUGUACAAAAGAAGAUUCCACCACCAUUUAAUCCUAAUGUGGCGGGACCAGAUGAUAUCAGGAACUUUGAUGCAGCAUUUACAGAAGAAACAGUUCCGUAUUCUGUGUGUGUGUCUUCUGACUAUUCUAUAGUGAAUGCCAGUGUACUGGAGGCAGAUGAUGCAUUUGUCGGUUUCUCUUAUGCACCUCCUUCAGAAGAUUUAUUUUUGUGAACAGUUUGCCAUCCAGAAACCAUUGAGGCGAAUACAAGCCUACAGAUGAGACUGAAACUCCUGUUUGUGUGAAUAUAUUCAAAUCUGUUUAACUAGUGCCUCAUUUUUACAUGUAAUGUUAAAUAUGAAAAAUGUAUUUUCUGCUGUAUGCAAGAAAAUAGGGCAUUUCAAAGAGCUAAGUUUUGGAUUAAAAUUUGUAUUAUUGUUUACUAGCUUAUUUUUAAACAAAUUUUAAAAGCUAUUGUUCUCAGCAUUAACCUAUUUUUAAAGAAAAUUUUUGCUAAUGACUGUUUUUCCCCCUCAGUUUACACUAACAUCUACCCAAGACAGACUAUUUUGCAACAGCCUAUUUCAGUUCAGUUAACAUAAAUUAAUGCCUUUGUAACUCUCUACUUUGACCUUUGUUCUCAGAUCAGAACUAUGCAAUUGGUAUGUGGUUAAGAAGAAAUCACAUCUUUCCAUGAGAAGUCGUUGGUUGACAUAAUCAGUUCUUCGUAGGAUUAAAAUGUAAAAGCAUAGUUAACACAUGGGCUGUGAGUUAACACUUGGAGUAAGUGUUCAUUCUGCAGAUCAAAUUAAGAAAUAACAAGGAGAUCCUUUACUUUUGAAAUACCAAUUCAAAUUUGCCAAUUUUUUUUUUUCUGAAAGAAAAGUAAAAGCUUAAUAGUUAGAAGGUUUAAAUAUUCCCAAAGAUCUGAAGGGUAAUAAAAUACUACUGGCUUUUUUUUUAGGUGGUGCCAAAAAUGAAUGUCUCUGUGUCAUGUAUUUAUAUUACAAAUACAUUCUAUUUAUGUUCUUUUUGGUCUUUUGAUGUUAUUGUUAAGUAGGCCUAAAUCUCAGUAUUUGCUUUUGCAGACAGCUGUGUAAAACUGUUUUUCUAAUUGGUUAAUAAGUGAAAAAUAUUGAGCUUUCUGGAGUUUUUACCUAAUUGGGAAUUAAAAAACAGAAUAGCAAAUUCUAGGUCAGUGUAAAUAUAUACAUCGCUACAAUGUAACAAGUUAAAAAUAAUUCCAGCAGAUGCAACGACAGUAUCUUACUUGUCUUACGAAAAGUACAGGAAACUGACCUUAAAAUCAUACUAAAAACCAACUAACUGUGGACUUGUCACUAUGAAGAGAAUACAGAAAAACUAAAAAGAGUGCUUGUCUUGGAAUUCUGCUUCUUAGAGUAGAGAUUCUUCAAGUCAUGUAGGAAACAUUGUGAAAGUUUUGAGACCAACUUUAAAAGCUUAAGGAACAAGCAUUCUUUCCAUGUAUUUCCUCUUGAGAAAAAAAAUCACAGAAGCAUUUCACACCAAUACCCUUUGGCUUAAAAAUGUUCAUCAAAAUAGGGUGGGGGAGUGUGCUUUUGUUAGAUUAAUAAUAUUUGCAUCCAAUACACUGAAUCUUACUUUAGAGGUAAGACUUUAAUAGGGACACUGUAAAUAUUUGGUUUAUUUGGCACUACUGUAAGUUCUGCUUUUACACAAAGCUCUUUGCUUAUUAUAAAGCAAAAUAAAAACUGUAAUCUCCUGUAUGAUUUAUUUUUUACUCAGCCACUCCUUAAUUAAACUGCCAAAAAUUAAAGUGCAAUAUUGUAUAUUUUUAAGAACAAAUUUAAAAUAUUAUGCUGAUGUUUAUUGGAUACAAGAAAUACAACUCUUACAGUAAAAUAAAACUAGCAAAAAGAUUAAUAAUCCUCUAAUUCCUGUCAUUAUUUUAAAUUAAAUUGGUGAUGGUUUAGAAAAGUCAUUACAAAAAUGAUUUGUAUAUGUGAGGAAUAAAAGUAUAAAACUUAAAUAUUUGGACACACAUAAAAAUUAGAUUAUAUGGAUUAUCAUAGGCUGACAUAUUUAAUAUUCAGGGAACAAAACCUCUUCCAAGUUUCAAGUUUAUUUUUUCUUUCAUAGCAUGCUAAGUCUUUUAGAAAAGAAGUGUGUGCCCUUUGAAUAGUUGAACCAUUUCAUGGCUAUUACCAAAAUAAACUCAGAGGUCUAAAUGAAGACUGCCUAACAUUGUUCAUGUUAUCCAUACCUCUUAUUUUAUUGCAUAUGGUACAGUGUAGAGCUUCCCAGCCAUUGUUACAUUAUAGCACACACUGAAAAUUACAAAUUUUUGGCAUACCUGAGGAGAGGUGCUAAAUGAUGCAGGUACUGGCAAGCAGGUUCUCUGUUCAAGAUUUUUAAAUUCCAAAAUAAUUUCUGAACUUAAGAUAUUUACAGAGAGAGCCAACAAACACUGUUUGGAUUUAAUUUUAGCAAUGGUGAACAUUUAAAAGGUGGUUUAAAUAUUUGAAAGAUUUAUUGUAAAAUUUUAUCACUAUAAAAACCAUUACCAGUGUCUUUUAGCAUACUUGUUAACUAGUAAUUAUCCAUAGGCAUAAUAUUACAAAACUUUACAUAUUUUAUGAGUCAUUCUUUUGUACAUCAUACACUAUGUGAAAAACAGGAGUGAGAAUUACAGGAACGUUUUUGGUGAUGUUUGAAUGACUUUUUUCAAUAAAGUGUUUUGAAAUUAAUAACUUAA